AGCAAAGUUUGUACUAUUUUCUGUUUAUUUUGAUAAAUAAAAGAAUUCAUUUUUGUUUAAGAAAUAUACUGUCAUUAAAAUAAGCCUAUGUGAUAUAUAUUUUUAUAUAUAAAAUAUAAAAAUAGAUUUUAAAAAUACAGAAAUACAGAAACAAAAUUAUUUUAAAAAGUAAAGAUUCUGAAAGCAUUGAAGGAGAUCCCAUAAUAGCCUAUUUAAUAUAGAUUUACAGUAGUAACAAUAAAUUAUAUUUUAUUAUGAUAUGAUUAAUAUAUUUUAAAAUAUGAUUGUUUCAUUAUAAAUAUGGGUAUUAUCGCUAAGAUGGAUACCCAAUUUGAUAUAUGAUAUUUGCUAUGUGAAUCUAACCAUGUCAUGUCAACAAAUCAAAUGGAAAAGUCAGCCAGCUAUUCAUUAUCAUGUUAAUUAUUGUGCCUUUUGCACCAACAUCAGCGGCGCUUUUUACCCCAAAUACCAUACUUGUACAUAUUCACCCGUUAUUGAAAAACUGUUGCUUGAAUUAUCUUGAUCAAAACUGAAAAUCAUUAAGAAGACCUUUGUCUGAAAAUACAAACAUUAAUUUAAUGGAUUCUUAUUUGCUACUUAAAUCAACAACAUUUUAAAAAACAUCAAAUAUUAGAUCAAACUACCUCAGAGUCAACUUUGCGUUGCUGCCCGCGAUCGCGUCAAGGAUCAGACAAAUUUGCACGUGCAUUUUGAAAAACUGAUGUUUAGGAAAGUGCUGCGGCAAGUUUUUGUGCCAUCUAGUGUUUUAUAGGAAAAGAAUAUCAAAGGCGCCUUUUGCCCCGUUGUACCCUACGUCAGUUCUCUACCAGGAACCCGCACGCCGUAAAUCAUCGAUUGAAACCGCACGAUGUUCUCAUUUUCUAAACUUUUAGGCUACUGUUACUUGCCCGUUUUACAGUAUUUUAACCUUAGAAAAUGUAGUAGCUAAUUCCAUAUGUUGGUAUCAAGCUUGAAAUACAGUGUUAUAUGAUUGAGCCUUUCAACAUAUGUCAUAUUUGUCGAUUUGUGUCUAUACUGUGUUAUGUGCCUAAUAUAAGCCUACUGUGUUAUAUUAGCCUGGCGUUGAUAUUUUAAAAUAGUUUGCUCGUAAGGAGCGGCAUUAUUUGAGCGUCAACACUGACAUCUAGUGGUUGAUAUAAGCACUGCAUGAACAGUAGGUCCUACUUAUAGACCAAUAUCAUGUGCACAUAUGUAAAGUGUACAGAUAUACAUAUCUGGUAUAAUUAUCUGCCGAAUGAUCUGUCCAAAACUAAUAUUACCAGAGAACAUAUAAAGCUAUUGCCUAUUUAUUAUUAUAGGCACGAAACAUUACUAGUCAUGUGAAAACACUGAAAAUUUACGAUGCAUUUGCACCAUGAUUUAAUGGGCCGUGCAGUCUUGCUAAUACACAUUGUGGCCAAAUUCUCGAUGUUUGUUUGUGUAUAUUUGUCUGAGGAAUGUCCUUGCGGAACCGAAAUUUGUUUAUCUUAUAAAUAGAAAGGCCAGUGGGAUUGUCUAAUAAUAGAAAUCAUAGUUCUAUUCCACAAAAGAACUUUGAAGGCAAAUCGAGAAUAUGCGGUAGGCCUACACUGUAAACAAUGUGGGAAACGUGUGAGCAUCAUGGGAUUACUUCCCAGCAUUCUCAUGUGGAGUGCCAGAGUUAGGAUAAUGAGGAAUUUUGUUUUUAAAGUCCCAGAUGAAAUGAAGCAUGAACGCUAAUGAGUGCAGGCUUUGUGUUUAUCUGUUCAGACUGCAACAGGAGCUGCUGCAUGAAAGUGAUUUCCCUUUUAAUUUGCGCAAACACAAGUUUCCAAAUGAAUUUUGUCCUGUGAAUUCUUUGGAUUGUGCACAAAACCUUUCAAUGGUUUUGCUUCGGGUUUCUGGGAUGUGGCCUGGAUCUUUAAGGACCCCAAACUGUCAAAGUAGAAUGAAUUUAGGGCGCCUCUGGGGUGAUGAGGUAUUGCCAUUUCCAUGGAAACAAAUCCACAAAAGUCACAUGGCUUCAUACUAAUGAAUAUUCCGACCAUCUCUUUCCAGACCGAGCAGUUUGUUGGUCACUUUUGGCUUAUGCCAUCGGCAACAUGAGCCUAACAGGGAUCACUCUGUCUCUUAAUGGGACAGCCUCAUUGGAACCAAACAGCACAGAAACACAAGCUGCUCUCAAUGAAGUCAAGGUGUUCAACAUCACACUUUGUUCAAUAGCUCUGUGUGUUCUGAUCGUGACAGGAAUCAUCACCUGUAUCUCAUAUCAAAGACACAGAAUGAAGUGUAAGAGGGCACGUGUCUAUGAGAGUGCCGUGGCCUCCGAGGUUUCCGAAGAGCCAGAGGGUGUUACGUGUGAGAGGGAAGCCAAUAGUUUCCGUAACCCAUUCGCCUUUCUCGGACGACAGGAGGGGCCGAAGGACAACUCGCAGAUCCACUACAUCUACACCAACCCUCUGCCGGUGGGACACGAGGAGGACAGAGUCCCCCCUCACACGGUGUUUACGCACACUCCACUCACGCUGCAGGACUACGCCAACGACCCCUAGAGCGGGAUCACCCUGGACCUGCCCAUUUUUUACAUGCAGCUGUAGAUCGUCCUGGAAGUUAAUAUUUAAGGAACACUUUAAAUCACCAUCAUGUCGUCCAAAACCCAUAUGACAUUCUUUCUAACGUGGAACACAAAAAGAGACAGUUAGCAGAAUGUUCAAGCUGCUCUUUUUCUUACAAUGAAAGUGAAUGAUGAUCAAAAAUCACCAUAAUUAUGAUUCAUGUUUUCUGUACUAUAUUCUAGCUUAAUUACGUUUGUUCCACACAAAAAGUUGAGUAUAGAUUUAGAAACAAGUUGAUGUUUCGCGUUUCACAUGAGCGCAAAUAAAUGAUUUUUUGGAUGCAUUA